AUAAAAUGACCAAAAUAAUCUGGAAAGGCGCGUUUCUGCGCAGCCCGAGCGCCGGGUUGAUCCAUUUCAAACACGUGUUGUAAAGCGGAAACAACGUACUGAAACAGAACGACAAGCUUUCGAUUCUAAUCAUUAAUAAUCCAAACAAAGACGCGAGUUUUUCGUCGUCUUGGAGCUUCACAAAAUAACGCGAACGCUUGAAUUACACCGUGUAUAAGAAUGAACCCCUACGUGGGAUACAUCUGUACACAACCAGCCAACGCCAGCAGUUUCGAUUUUCAAACGUAAACAUCCGCCGAGCAGUUCCCGUGCAUGUGUGAUCAGCCUCUUCACUGUGCUACCAUGUUUAGGAUGAGUGUUUCGGUCCAAAACAGAGGACAUGCCAUUCCCAGCUAAUGGUCAGUUAUAAUAAUAUAAUAGACUUGAGUUGAUUUUAUUUUAAUCACCAGUGCUUUGCCAAGACGCCAGCGUUGGUAAAGUUGCGAAUGGGUUAGCACGCGAGCUAACUUGGCUACGAGAGCUGUUUGUUUGUAUAACUACAGACUCAACUAUGUCGUUUGACAGCACAAAUAAUACGACAGAUAAUAUAUAGUCCAUUUCGGCAAACAAAGGCUACAGUUUCACGAGCGGACAUCCUUAUUAUGGGUCUACUGCACUUUGUUUUUUGUUCAAUUGGAAAAUGCAUAGAUGUCAUUUGUCUCCUCCUGGAUUUAAAUUUUGUGAUUGUCAGCUCAAUAGUUCAGCUGUUGGUGGCAGUGAUCUCCUUUAUCAAUAGUCUGCCCAUGCUACUCACAAAUUCAGUGUCGGAGUGCUGGAAUCUCACUCUGCUUUGCAUCAUCACCAUGAGGGACGGAGUGACCGUUGUGACCCAUAACAUGGUCGGAGGCUGGAUGCAGCUGCUGGGAGGCGUUCUGGAAAGCUUCAAGAUGAUCGGAUACCUGUCUUCGCAUCUACUGCUCCGCACCAAAGAGCUUCUCCACCGUGGACUGUUGUCGGGACACAGUUUGCUGCGACAUGCCUGGGAAGGCUGUGGAAUUGUGUUCAGCUUGCUGCUGUAUUUCAUCAACACGAUCAUCAACUUGCUGCUCAUAGGCACGCAGAAUUUAUACUCGCUGGUGGUCAGCACGGUGGAAGCGGUGUCCUGCCCUUUGCAGAAAGCUCUGGAGCUGACUUUGACCGUGCUUACGUUUCUUUACAGCAGUCUUGUCGGCACCUCCAUCCUGCUGUGGACGCCAUGCAGACUGGCGAUGGAGUUCCUGGGAUCCGUGUGCCAUGUAUUUGUGAGCAUUUUCCUGCUCAACUCUUAUGGGCUGCUGCUCACGUUGAUUAUAAUCGCGAGUGCCACCAUAUAUCUAAACCCCGCGCUCCCACGACUUGUGUCUUUGCGUGUAAUCAACUACAUCAAUGCUGUUCCCAUCCUACAACGUCUCCAAAGGGCUCUUCACCGCCUCUGUGUGCUCGAGAGGAAUGUGUGGCGGCGACUGGCCUGGCAUCGCAGCCAGAUAAUGGUUCCUGCAAGGAUGGAAGUGGCAGAGAGGGAUAUUAGACAGCCUGAACCCAACCCUGAGCCUCAAGUUGACCUAAAUGUGCUGGAAAAUGCACCUGAGGACGCCCACCAAGUGGACGACCCUAUAAACCCGCCGCUUCCCAGUUCCAGCACUCACAGGCCACUCCGGAAGUUUCCUUCGGAGGACAGUUGCAAAGGCCCUCCGGCUGACAACCUGCUGACUCUUCUGCAGGAGCAAGAGGAGAGAAAGAAGUGCGUGAUCUGUCAGGACAGCACCAAGACUGUCGUGCUCCUACCGUGCCGCCACUUGUGCUUGUGUAGAGACUGCACCAACAUUUUGCUCACCCAACCUAUCUACCAACGAAACUGCCCUUUGUGCCGCCACAUGAUCCUUCGGACCAUGGACGUGUAUCUCUGAGGGAAGCGUUUACGGAUGUGUUUCUGUCAUCCUCAGGUUUUUUGAGCAGCACUGUUCUUGAAAUGCGGGAAACCACUUGUUCCUUUUUCAUAGAUGUUCAUUCCACUACUGUUGCUUGUAUAUAGAUUUAAAUCACAACCUUUUAUAAAUCGUGAUUGCGAGGCUGAUGACUGUGACUGUGCUUUCUAAUGAUUUUAUAUUCAUUGUCACUUUUUUUCAUCAGCUUGUAGAAGCAACACUAUUUUUCUCAUACAGCAAUAUCAGAUGAAUGUAAGCUUUGUAUUAAAACAUUAAAAUGAGGUGUUAAUUGUUAAGAUCAAAGAUUUAUAAUUGUCAAGUGUUUAUGGGGAACAUUUGUAUGCUACAAUACUAAUGUGGGGCCUUAUAGUAUGAAUUGUUGUCUGCUUGAUUCUCUUGUCUGACUGUAAAAGUGAUCUUUUGAAACCUCACAGUAAUCCACAAGUAAUUCACGUCUUCAGUCCAGUAAUUAGUGUCUUGUGAAGUGUAAAGCUGUGUUUUUAUAAUAUGCAGAUCCAUCAUUAAGACAUUUUUAACUUCAAACCAUUCCGAAAGAGUCCUUUAUCCAUAAUAUUGCUUUCUCCAGUGAAAAAGUCAUCUUGUCUGUUUCAGGAGAGAAAUAUGCACAGAAUAAGCAACGUUUACAAGUGAAACCAGUCCAAAACAUUUCUAAACAAAUAUGUUGGUGGAUUUUGAUGCAAGAGGCCAACAUGGGAUGGAUUCACUGGAGGAAGUAUUAAUAUUGCUAGAAAUGAUACAUGCAGCUUUUCAAUGUUAAUUGAUGGAUUGAAGUCUUGUUGAUUACCUGUGGAUUAUUGUGAUGUUUAUGAGAAUUAUUUGUAUACUACUAAACUAAUGUUGGGCCUUAGUAUGAUUCGUUGUCUGCGUAAUUUUUUUUGCCUGACUGUAAAGGUGAUGAAAGGUUUCAUGGGAGCAUCUACAACAUUAUAUUGAUUAUAUUUUUGUGAAUUUUUUUUUGUUUUGCAUACAUUGUAAUCAUUCCACCAAAGCCGUUUUGCACUCUUUUUAAAUGCAAGUGUCACUACGAUAUUUUCCGAAGCCAUUCUACAAUCUGAUGAUGUAUUCGUGCUGUUUUUGUCAUUUAUUAUUGAACAGCAUUAAGGCUCUCUCACUGCUCAAGUGGUAUUGAUCAAUGCAUUUUCAAAUCGAAAUUUUGUGCUUGUUUUUUGUUUUGAGAGACAUAAUUCAAUUCAGUUACCGGUAAAAACAGAGUUGCAGAAAGGCUUUUAGCUCAGCUUUGACCAGGGGAUGAUGUUAGAAAUCACUAUUUUGGAAAACAUCUUAUGCAUUAGAGAAACAAGGUAGUACAGGCUUUUCUGGUUUAUGUCAAUUUGGUUUGGUCUUACAUGAUGAUUCAAAACCCACUGAGAAAGGCACAAUGCGCAAGACAAUCAGGUGCAUUUAAUAGAAAAAAAGCAAUUGCAAGGUCCAUGUAAGCUGUUGUCCUUCUUAAAAAUAUAAAAAUGACUCCCUAAUCAUUUCUGUCACUCUCAAUUCUGCACAAAGCAGGUGACAAGCACUAACCCAUGGUUUAUCAUUGUAAUUUUAGGGUUUUUAAACAAGCUGUGAUUUCAUUCCAUAUUAAGCCCCAAGCCUUUUGUAUUCUUGUACCGCAGAUGUUUGUUUUCUAUGAAGGUCUCCAGUGAUGAUGUUUUGUGGGUAGAGCAGAUGUCUGUCUCUCCAGAGGUCUGGAUAAUAUCAAAACCACAUUCACUGACUAUCCAAAUGAACAAUAAACAGUAUUUGACUCUG